CUCCGGCAGGGUCUCACCGCAUCCACAGACCUUUCGAUCCUUCUUGUCUUGAUCGCGAAUUAAUCCUUCCAAAAAAGCUUUGAUCCUUCGAGAAUUUCAUUAGGAAUGGAGCAACGCCAACAGCAUUUCCUCGUAGUGACCUACCCGGCCCAAGGCCAUGUCAACCCGUCUCUCCGCCUGGCCAAGCGCCUCGCCCAAACAACCGGCGGUCACGUCACUUUCUCCACCGCCAUCUCCGCUCAUCGCCUCAUGUUUCCAUCCUUGGCCAAGCCGGACGAGGAAGUAGAAGAUGGCCUCCUCACCUACAUCCCCUUCUCCAAUGGCUACGACGAUGGGUUCAAAGUCGACACGGACGGCGACCUCGAUGACUUCCUGUACCAAUUCAAGCUUGUCGGAACCAGAACUCUAGAUGGCAUUGUGCACGACCUUGCUGCACGUGGCCGGCCCGUGUCUUGCAUAAUCUACACCAUCUUUCUGUCAUGGGCAGCCGAUGUGGCACGGGAUCAUGGCAUUCCCUCUGCCCUCUACUGGAUCCAGCCCGCCACUGUCUUCACCACCUACUACCACUACUUCCAUGGCUAUGAGGAGCUGAUAACCUCUCAUGGUCACGACCCAUUUUUUACGGUGGACCUAUCAGGGCUGCCACAUCUCCAAAUUCGUGACCUCCCGUCCUUGAUAACCAGUACCAAUUCCGACGAUCCCUACCGUCCUAUCCUCGUCGCUCUAAAAGAGACAUUUGAUACAUUGGACCAAAAAGAAAAUAGCUCAAAGCCAAAAGUUUUGAUCAACUCCUUCGACGCACUCGAGGCUGAUGCCAUCAAGGCCGUCGGCGACAUGGACCUCAUCACGAUAGGGCCACUGCUGCCAUCCCUUCCUUUAGAUAUUGGCAAGGAUUCAGAAGACACCGCCUCUGGUGGUGAUCUUUUCGAAGCGGAUAAGAAGAGAUACAUGGAGUGGCUGGACUCGAAGUCGGGUAGAUCGGUGGUGUACGUAUCUUUUGGGAGCAUGUCGGUGAUAAAGAAGCGGCAAUUGGAGGAAAUCUUGUUGGGGUUAAAGGAGAGCGGGAGGCCUUAUCUCUGGGUGGUGCGGAAGGACAACAGAGGGGAAGGCGUUGAGCUGGAGGAUGGUGAGAACGGGAUGGUAGUGGAGUGGUGCUCCCAGGUUAAAGUGCUGUCCCACCCGUCGGUCGGGUGCUUCGUGACCCACUGCGGGUGGAACUCCACAUUGGAGAGCUUGAUAUGUGGGGUCCCAACGAUUGGCGUACCACAAUGGACAGACCAAGGGACGAACGCAAAGCUGACAGAGGUGUGGGGGACUGGGGUGAGAAGUGAGGUUAAUGGAGAAGGACUGUUGGACGGGAGCGAGUUGAAGAGGUGUUUGGAGGUGGUGAUGGGGGAGGGAGGGAGAGGGGUGGAAAUUAGGACGAAGGCAGCGAUCUGGAAGGACAAAGCGUGGGAGGCCGUCCGUGAAGGUGGGUCCUCGGAUAGGAACCUGAAGACUUUUGUGGAGGAGAUCGCAAGCAACAACUGAAAAUGUCAGGCGUGUCGGAAUUAUUUUGUCGGGUGGUAAAUUAGAUUCUGAUUCUUCUUCUCCUUAUUAUUCUUAUUUUGAUAUGUAGCACAUGGGAUUGAGUCUCCAUACAAAAAAAAUGAGUCAAAGAUAAUAAAAUAAUUGUACUAUUAAUUUUUUUUUUUUGCUUACAGUACUAUUAACUUCUUUUUAAGAAGUAAACUCAAGGUGUUUGAUCCAAUUUAUCAAGUGUCAAACUUAUUUUUUUAUUA